CUGCCGCCAUCUUGUAGCCGAUAUACGAGUGAAAGUGCGCUUCACAAGUGGAACUUCCAGACAGAAUGGAUUCUGACGACGAGCGGAUAUUGCAAGAGGAGGAGGUGGCACUGGCGCGAGACAUGUUCGAGCUUCCUCAGCGUCCCGCGGUCUGGAUUAGACCCUACGAGCGAGAAGAGUUCGUCGUGCGCCGGGACUAUGUGGUCCGCGCGUACAGUGCGAGGGACAAGGGCAUACCACUGGACAAUAGUACCGAUGCUCGGGGAAUGUGGCGCAUCCGUCGGCUAUGGACGAGCGUUGCUGGUUUCUACGAGGGCAAUGUGGACCUUGCAGGGCGUAGCGAGAGGCGCUUCCACUCGCUCAAGAAACGAUUGGACAAGUUUUUGGACGACAUUGCAUCGCUGCGCACGCACAUCGUCGAGAGCCCGCCCGCGGUGAUGGACGAUGGGCGUGAGGCACUGCUGUUCCUCGUCUCACCAUCCUCCGUCCUUGACAACUUCAGGGCCAAGUACAAACUAGGCUACGUCGACCUCCCGGAGAUCCUCGCAAUACCUGAGAUCAUGCGUAGCAUGUAUCCUGGUAACCCUAAGCCAGUGUUCCAAAAGCUCUUCCUUACAGAUCUUCCCCCGGAAUUGCUCCUCUAUAUCUUUGACAUCGUUCAUAUAGACGAUGCCCGUGCUCUUGGCGUCACAUGCCGAACUCUCUAUGAACUGUCCUUUUCCUAUGUGUACCAGAGACGACGCUUAGUGCUACACGUGGAUCCGAACUUCAUCGAGAAGACCCUGGAUGAUAUCUCGGACAUAGACAAGCGCUACUUAUGUCGUCUCAGCGUAGAGAUGCGCAAAAGACUCCUCAGAGACUUCCGCUUCCUCCUAACACGGGAUGACAUUCUCAAGCGCGUCGAGCACCUAGGCAUCAAGAACUCCUGGACGCCCGACAUGGCCUCCGCCGCGGGUCUCAACACGGCGUUCGAGCAACAGACGUUUUAUGCGCCAAUCUGGAAGGAGAUCGAAGCCACGCUAUCUGGCGCAGCGAACCUGCAAGAGCUGCAGCUGGAGAAAUUUGCCAUGACGAAGGAGAUGAUCUGUGCGAUGGCAUCCUUGCGCUCACUGCAGACGCUCAGCGUGCACGGCUGCCCUUUCAACCGGCUCCCUUCAUGGGAUAGUCUCCCACCAAUGGCGACUGUAGUGAACCUCAUUCUCUUCCCGCAGGACGUUCCAGGCUCCGAGAUGCUCGAGCUGGUCGCGCUUGUCCCGAACGUCCGCUCGCUGACUGUCAUGGGCCUCCCCAGUAUGCCCUGCGCGCUCCCGCAAGACGACUUCAUCAUGCGGCAUAACCCCUUCCGCGUCUUGGAGCGGGUCAAUCUCAGCCACAUCGACGACGAGGAGGUUCCUCUGCUGUUUCACUGGAUCCGCGAUGCCGCGAUGACCCCGGGGCAGCCCCUUCACAUAACGCACUUCCGGCUCGAGCUUGAGUACGGCCUCCAGGAGGAUGAGGUCUUCCAGCUCAUCAACGGCCUGGAGGGCGCGCCGCUCCGGACGCUCACCCUCGAGGGCCUGUCGUAUGUCGAGGACGACCUUUUCACGCGUCUUGCCGAAGCGUUCCCAGACCUCAACGCGCUGACGCUCAUCCACCGACAAAACAUCCUGCAGAGGGCGAGCAGGCCGAGCAGGUGGCCGGGCGCGACAUGGGAGUACGCGGCGCGCCUCGCCGCGUUCCCCCGCCUGAAGCACUUCAUGUGGAACUUCGACAUGCGGCCGCUGCAGUGCGGCACGACGUUCGACCUGCCGUACGCGGAGGCGGGCUACCCCGCGUCCAAGAUCCCCGAGCUGUACCGCGAGUUCGACGAAAACUGCUUCGAAGUCACAUGGGACAUCCUGCCGCGCCUGUUCUGUGCGUACUGCCCGACGCUCGAGACGCUCAUCUUCUCGAUGCUGCAUCUCGCGCUGCUCGAGUUCAAGAUGAAGCGCAUUGAAACGGGUAAACUGGUGGUCUACAUGACCGACGAGCCGUCGAACACCGAGCAGUUCAUCAGUAACAAUCCGAUCUGGCCGAUAAACACGAGCUUCGACAACCCAUGGCAUAUUCGGCAGCGUCCACUCAGACCGUAGAACGCAUAUACCAGACGCGAGGAACGAUGUAGGACAUGGGGGUAUAUUGGCUUGUGUACUACUAGUGCUGCUUUCCUUGACAUGAACUAGGCUCCGCUAUUCUACUGUAACAUUUUGAUUCCGGUUAUGACGAUGCUCUAAGCUCUUGUAUCUAUGCCACCAUUGCGUACGCUUCUUCCUGAAUCACUGUAUCUUGCUUAGUCCCUAUAGCUAUAGGCAAUCCGUUGGAGUACAAUGACUGCAGAAUCGGUCUGAAUCUCCUUCAGACCUCGGUGUAAUAUACACGAUAGCUGCGCGGUAGUCUACGACAAUGCUGAAACAAUAAUCCAGACGACAGCCAUGAUCCUGUAGUCCAUUCCACCAGAUU